UUCACAUCACUAGCCCAACAGCUGAUUGUACACAAAACAAGACAACAGUUGAAGGAAUUUCUUUAUUUGCAAUUCGAAUCAGAUAUUUUAUUGAAACCUCCACAAUGCACCGAUCCCACCCGAGUAUCAGUCGUCGCAAGCACCUCAUGAAGGAGAUGAUGGAGGACGACUACGCCCUGCCCACGGAAACACAGCAAAUCGCACGGGUCAUCAGCAGCCGGGGAAACAAUCUCCACGAGGUGGAGACCGUGGAGGAGAGCUUCCUGGUUUCAAUGCCCAACAAAUUUCGCAAAAGCAUGUGGGUAAAACGAGGCGACUAUCUGCUGGUCGAACCGAUAGAAGAGGGCGAUAAAGUCAAAGCCGAGAUUUGCAAAAUACUCACCCCCGAACAUAUAAAGGAGUACACAAAAGCUGGAAUUUGGCCGGAUAAAUUCGCUAAAAAACCUGUCCCGGAGGAAGCUACCAGCCAAAACAAAGACGAUUCCGAUUUCGAGGAUGAUCUCCUGCCCAAUACCAAUCGUCCUGUAAAUCGGGAUUCCUCCGACGACGAGGAAGAUGAGGAAACAUCCAGCGAAGAGGACUAAACGACGUACAAAUACAUAGAUAGGAUAUUUAAAAAUGUGUCAAACUGAAUUAAACAAAAACUGUUAAAGGGAAAGUUCUUCCCGUAAUCAAGAA